UGCAGCCGAGCCGGGCCGAGCCGGGCCGAGCCGGGCCGGGCCAGGCCCAGGAGCGCGCGGGCGAUGCGGGCCGCCAGGCCGGGGUCGGCGGGCCCCUGAUCCCCGCGCCCCAGGCCAGCCAGGGAGCCCUGCGGCGGCCGCGCGCCCCAGCGGCCGGCCCGCCAUGGCCGGGGUCAGCUACUCGGCGCCCUGGUGGGUGAGCCUCCUGCACCGGCUGCCCCACUUCGACCUGCACUGGGAGACCACCAGCAGCCAGUUCCGGCCCGAGGACACGGACUACCAGCAGGCGCUGCUGCUGCUGGGGGCCGCGGCGCUGGCCUGCCUCGCCCUGGACCUCCUCUUCCUGCUCUUCUACUCCUUCUGGCUGUGCUGCCGGCGCCGCAAAAGCGAGGAGCACCUGGACGCCGACUGCUGCUGCACCGCCUGGUGCGUCAUCAUCGCCACUCUGGUCUGCAGCGCCGGCAUCGCCGUGGGAUUCUAUGGCAACGGGGAAACCAGCGACGGCAUCCAUCGGGCGACCUACUCGCUCCGCCACGCCAACCGUACGGUGGCGGGGGUCCAGGACCGCGUGUGGGAUACCGCUACGGCCCUGAACCUCACGGCGGAGCCCAGCCUGCAGAGCCUGGAAAGGCAGCUGGCGACUCGGCCGGACCCUCUGCGGGCGGUCCAGCGGCUGCAAGGCCUGCUCAAGACGCUGCUGGGCUAUGCAGCUGCCAUCCCGUUCUGGAGGAACCCAGCUGUGUCCCUGGAGGUGCUGGCGGAGCAGGUGGAUCUCUAUGACUGGUACAGGUGGCUGGGCUACCUGGGCCUGCUGCUGCUCGACGUUGCCAUCUGUCUUCUGGUACUGGUCGGCCUCAUCCGCAGCUCCAAGGGCAUCUUGGUUGGGGUCUGCCUCCUGGGUGUCCUGGCCCUGAUCAUCAGCUGGGGUGCCCUGGGCUUGGAGCUGGCCGUGUCUGUGGGCUCCAGCGACUUCUGCGUGGACCCCGACACCUAUGUGACCAGGAUGGUGGAGGAGCACUCGGUGCUGAGCGGGGACAUCCUGCAGUACUACGUGACCUGCUCGCCCUAUGCCACCAACCCCUUCCAGCAGAAGCUGUCCGGCAGCCACAAGGCGCUGGUGGAGAUGCAGGACCUCGUGGCCGAGCUCCUGAGGACCGUCCCGCGGGAGGACCCGGCCACCAAGGAGCCCCUGCUGCGUGUCCAGGAGGUGCUGAAUGGCACGGAGGUGAACCUGCAGCACCUCACUGCCCUGGUGGACUGCCGAAGCCUGCAUCUGGCCCGGCCUCAGGACUACGUGCAGGCCCUCACAGGCUUCUGCUACGACGGCGUCGAGGGCCUCAUCUACCUGGCCCUGUUCUCCUUCGCCACAGCCCUCAUGUUCAGCUCCAUCGUCUGCAGCGUCCCGCACACCUGGCAGCAGAAGAGGGGCCCCGACGAGGACGGGGAGGAGGAGGCCGCCCCGGGGCCGCGGCAGGCGCACGACAGCCUCUACCGCGUGCACAUGCCCAGCCUGUACAGCUGCGGGAGCAGCUACGGCAGCGAGACCAGCAUCCCGGCCGCCGCCCACACUGUCAGCAACGCCCCGGUCACUGAGUACAUGAGCCAGAAUGCCAAUUUCCAGAACCCCCGCUGUGAGAACACCCCCCUCAUCGGACGUGAGUCCCCGCCACCGUCGUACACUUCCAGCAUGAGAGCCAAGUACCUCGCCACGAGCCAGCCUCGCCCUGACUCCAGCAGCAGCGGGCACUAGACUGCCCGGCAGCCACCCGCCCCACGUGCCAAUCGCCCUGCUCUUCCCCGCGCCAGCCUUGCUGCUUACACCCGUGGCCGCCUGCCGGCCCCUCCACACAUAUGCCAGGCCCGCGGCAGGCACCUCUGGCCACGCGCCCCUCCUUCCCUUCCUGCAGGGGCGAGGACAUGCCCAGCAUGCUCCUGCCGUGGAGACGUGGGGGCUCGGGGCCCCUCGGGUCACACGCCUGGACACAUGGGGGUGUGCUACCGUGGCCCAGGCCCUCCCAGCCUCCCCACGCCCCUGCCCCUCUGCCUCCGAGGACUUGGGGGUAUGCAGAGCCCUGCUCUGGGCCAGAUGUGUCGUGCUGGUGCUGGGUCCCUGCCGCUCCCGCGCUGCCCCCGCGGACGCCUGCAGUCUCCUCCGCUGGACCCACCUGCCCCGCCCCCUUCCCUCCCGCAGCUCCGCCGCUUUUCCUGCUCCCUCGAUGCUCCCACGUGUCACCUCUUAGUUCACAGGCAACGCGGUGCCCCUUUCUGCCGGGCACCUGGAGGGCCAGCUGGGUGCACCCACCUGCUCGUCUCCCACGUGUGGAGACCCCUCGUGGCGCCAUCACACCCUCUGCGGCAUCUGCAGCCCCUUCUCUCAUGCCUGCCCCCAGGCUCCUCUGCAGCAGUUGCCAGAAGCCUCCUGGGGAGGUCCCUGCUUUGUCUGCUUCCCUCCCCUCAUCACUCUCUCCCUCAGCGCCCACCCUGCCUGUGGCACCCAGCCCUCCGUGGCAGCAGGAGACAGCAGGUGCCAUGCUGAGCCGAGGCUGCUCACCCAGUGCUGGCCGCCUUCUUGGUGCCAAAACCUCCUCCCCCACCCCAGAGACUUGGCAGCUUCGUCCGGUUCAUUUUUUGCACUAACUACACUUGUCAUCUCUAGGGCAGGCGGGGCUGCGGGCCGAGUGCCACCCCUUCUCCGUCUCUUUCAUCCCGGAUAGGCACAGUGUCCCAGAGCUGGCCUGGGGGCUGGACCUGAGCUGGCUGUGACUGUGCCCUUGGCCCCUGUGGGCCCUCUUGGGACUAACCACUAACCUCUCUCCAGCCUCCGUGAGUGCCCCUGGCUGACCCAAGGCCAGCGAGGGUGACACCAAGUCCAGGCCAGAGACAAGGCCCAGGAUAGCCAGCUGGGAGUUGGGCUGGAGAAGGCAUUUCUUCUCGGGGGGCACUGCCAGGGGGUGUCAUAGACUGAAAGGCAGCUCAAGGGCCUGGAGACCCCUCUCUGGGCAGGCAGUACCCCAGGGGGACGGUGUCCUCAGGAAGGAACAUCCUUUGGGCUGUAGGACCGAGGUCCCUGCGGCCUCAGUCUCUCUACCUGUGAAGUGGGAACAAGGGUUCCCCAAGGUGCUUAUGGCUUCGUGUACAAUGUUUGCUGUGUUUCCUGCCACAGAGGGUAGGGCUGCCCCCAAAUCAAGAUGAGAAGCCCCCUGCCAGCCCCAGGCCCGCCUAGCCAGCCUGAGAUGGAGAGGCCAGGGGUGGGCUCUGGCCUGUCAGUCCAGUGGCAGCAGAGGGUCUCUCGGCAGCCACGUAUGGGCCCAGGCCGAGGCCCCAGGGGCAGGCGGUCGCUGGCCCAGCAGUUUACAGACAUGGGCUCUUUCUCCCAGAGCAGCAGGGCAGCGCCCCCUCCCCGGGGUGGCCUGGGAGAGGCCACCUCCCUUCCUCCGUGAUCCCUUUGUGCUGGUAGCUGGGACCAAAAGGGGGCGUGGUCUUGGAACUAGGCCACGCCCACCCCACUCCUGGGGCCUGGGACGGGAGGGGAGUGCGUGGGCAAAAACGAGGGUGCCCCCGGUCGGCCUGCAGGCCCCCAGUCUGCGUCUGAGCCCUAGCACUUGGCCAAACCUCAGCGAGGGGCGGAGCCACGGCCCACCUGCCCAGUGUCUCUGGGCCCCGCCCCCGUCCCCCACCCCGGGCGGAGCAUUCCUGCCUGGUCUCGGGCCGGGGGAGAGACAGCGCGGGCAGUGCCGCCCGGGCGCCGAGCCCUUUGCCAGCGCUCAGAAGCACAAGCGGCUGCCCCGCCGCGCGGCCGCCGAAAUGUGAAUGUACAUAGCGUGAGAGCCGGGCUGCGGGCCCGCGCCGCUCGGAGCCCCCCGUGCCUCGUGUGCGUGUGUGGCCACCCGUCUGUGACUCCGCAGAGCUUCUUCCGUUCACCGAGGCUGAACAAAGGAAAAGGGGGACGCCAAAUGGGGGGCAAGAGCGGCCUUGGCCCUGGAGGGGCGCGCAUCCGCCCUCGGUUUUACUUAUGUUCCAAGUUUUCAGGCCCUCUGCUAACCAGCCCCGUCCCGGUGACCUCUCCACAUCUGCUCCCACCCCUGCACCUGUGGGCCUUGCUCCCCGCAGGCCCCACAGCAUCCUGGGAGGUGGUCCUUGACCACGUGGAUGGGAGGGAGAGGCCCCGGGACCCCCUGCCGGGCUAGGCGGACAGGAGGAGUUGCAGCGCGGGUGCGCGUCCCCCUAGGCUCCCCUGACCCUAUGUCCCCCUCCACGCCCACCCCAUCUCACUAUGCAAUUCCAGACCGAUCUCCACCGUUCCUUCCCCCCUACCCCAGAGCCCCCUCCCACCCGGGAGGGGUGCGUGGGUGGCAGCCCCAACUGCUGUGCCGGGCGGCGACCAGGGCCUCUUGUGUGGGAUUUUUUUCUUUAACCAUAAUGGUUGUGUGCCACCCCACUUUAUAUUUGUUUAAUAUGAUAUAUCUCUCCGAGUAAUUUUGUUAAGACCAACCCCCCCCCCACGGGUUCCCCUCCUGGCCCUUGCACCCUCCCCUCCAACGUGAUUCAGCGUCCAGACCGGGGAACUGAGGCCUGAACCGCUAGGCAUUCUCCAACCUCUCUAGGGCCAUGGCUGUAUGUGCUGUCGCUGUGUUUCUGUUUUGGGGGGAGUUUUUUGGUUUUGUUUUUUUUUUUUUUCUUUCUUUUUAAACUGGGUUUGGGGUUUGAUUUUUAUUUCUCUGGGGCCUUUAUUUUUCUUGGCAGAUACUAAAAAUCUCGUCAAUGUAAUUUCUGUGGUUUCUAUUCAGCCUGGGUCUCAUGUUUUAAAAUAAACAAAUUUUAAAGAACA